AUAGCCUAAUGCCUAUAGCAUUUGGGGGAAUAGCACUCGGGGUUCUAAUCGGAUACCCUCUGGGAGGCGCCGCAUAUCAAUUGUUGGGGAAACCUGCUCCUUUUAUGAUAAUUACGUUCUUUAUUCUAAUAAGUAUUGGUCUACAACUUGCAUAUCUAAAAACUAAUAAAGAAAACGAAGAAAAAAAGAAAUUGGAUUCUACCUAUAAACAAUGGCUGGAUCUUUUAAAAAACAAAGUAACAAUUAUAUCAGGUUGUGCCAUAUGUAUUUGCACAACAUCGAUGGCCAUACUGGAACCGUGCGUGCCCAUGUGGUUGUUAUUGCAUAUGAAGCCGAGACCGUCCAAAUGGCAACUGGGAGCAGUAUUUAUACCAGAUAGUUUGGGUUAUUUUAUUGGGUCUCACUUUGCAGGGUUACUUCCUGUUCUGCCCUGGCGAAUCUCAAUAAGUGCAAUGGUGGUAGCAGGCAUAAGUUGUUGCUAUGUACCAAUGGCAAAUACUAUGAUGCAAUUAGCCAUACCUCAUUUUGGAUUAGGUUUAGGAGUUGGCGCAGUCGAUGCAUCAUUAGUACCCCUUCUAGCAAAUUUUGUCGACGACCAAGGAAGCAAUCAGUACGGGCCUGUUUAUGCCUUCCAACAGGCUGCUGUGGCUAUAGCUUAUUCCUUUGGACCACUACUGGGCGGUCAAGCCGUGGAAGUUCUGGGAUUUCCUUGGUUAAUGCGACUGGUGGGAUUUUUGAAUUUGAUGUUAUGUCCUUUAUUGUUGGAAAUUGAAAAAGAAACUGGCAGAAAACCAAUUUUGAGAACAGGAAAAUCUAUUUCAUAUUCGACACUUGAAACAACUGAUAGCUUUUCCGAAUGAAAUAAGAAUUUGCAUUUACUUAAUUAUUAAAUAGUGUUUAUCAUAAAGUAGGUACAUUCAUAUCCCACAUAACAAAAUUGCAUCCUUAGAAUGUGUUAAGAAUGUUCUUUUUUUAGGAGGAAUGUGCCUAGAAUGUUCGCCAAAACCAUUGCGAAUGUCCUGAGAAUGUUCUGAGAAAAGAUUGUAGAAAUACUGUUUGCAAUACCCAAGAACUUCCUGGGAAAUCCAUUAGGAUAUUCCUAGAAUAUACCUAUGAGAUUCUCAGUACGUCCUGAA